AUGAAGCCCGUCGUCAGUGCCAUGAAGGCAUGGUCAUGCACCGUCAUGUCCGUCUUCGCAAUCAUCAUCCUCACCGUCCUCGGCGUGCUCUUCCGUUCCGGCCACGAGGAGCUCGUCGGCGGCAUCGACGAUCCCGCCGAUGGCAAGGCCGUCUCUAAAACCGUCUUUUCUGCCGUCUUCGUCUACAUUGCUUUCUUCGUCUUCUGCGGUCUACAAGGCCUCCUCCAUAUCCGAGAAAACCGACGGGGCGCGAUUUCCUUGUGAAGAGGUAGUCGACAAGUUUCAGCGAAUUGAGCUUUUAUACAACAACCGAGCAACAAAUGGGGCGUUUUGACUUUGGGGACUAUUUUUUCUUCUUUCUAUUGCUUUGUUUCUAUUCUCCUUCUUCGUCGGCUCGGGUCACUCAAUGUUUGUUUCUUUUGCCCGGGCUCAAUGACCUCUGCAGGAUGAAGAUGACAUCAUACGAAUGUUGUACGGAUACGAGGAUUAGGAUGUAUCAGCUUGCCGGCGUGUCACUUCAAUAAGGAAGCAUUUGGGGCGUUGUCAGUCAGCUUAUAGAAACCGAAAUCCGAUCCAUCUGAGAG